AAAUAUUUUUCAUAUAACGUUGCUACAAAUUGAGCAACGCUUUCAACAUUUCAAAGCGUUUAUAUUUGGCUUGCAACGUUUGGCAUCCACCGCGUCUGCAGACGUUGUCCCAGGUUACACAAAAGGAUUUGCAGACGCCAAGUGCCCGGGAGUCAACAGACCCGCACAACUCUCACACACACAAACCCCACAUCACACACUCACACACUCACACACAACAAACAAGAGCGGAAGCAAACGAUGAACACAAGCACAAGGGCAACUGAAAUUGAUUGAAAGAACAACAAGAACAGAUACAGAAAGCCAUCACAACAGGUGUAAGCAGCUAUCCAGUUGGGUAUCCAACGUUUGAUCCACAGACGUCUCGCCCAAGUUGCAACCAAAUAAAUAUACACACAGUCGGGGAAGCAAAGUCAAAGAGUUGGCGCCCUCUGAGAGGCGCCAAACAGGUAACUUAAAUGUCAGGUUUAACAGAAAGUGGAUCGGCAAAGUCGACCAAUGCCUCACAACCAAGUGAUUACUCCGGAGGCUCCAGCAGCCAGGAUGAGCCACGCAUUAUCUGGCUCAAGACCAUAAUUACCAAUCAGCUGGGCGUCUUCGAUCCCAAACAUGUGAACGCAUUAAUUGCCAAGAAUCAGCAGGCAGUCGAUGACUUCCUCAACAAACGCUAUGAACGACAAGCUCAUCUCGAUCGCGUCAUCAUGUAUGUGUGGCGCACAUUCUACGACAUGCUCGUCGAGGAGGAGAUCACAGUGCUGGAGGAAGUGCCGCGUCAAUCGUUGCCAGACAAAAAGGACAAGAAGAAGAAGGGCGCCAAGGGUGGAGCCAAGGGAAAGGGACGUAAGAAAGGCGGCCAGGAUGCGGAACCCACAGCUGACUCGGAGCAAGCGGACAUUGAAGGUGGUGAUGGCCCUACAGGAGAGACUGAUCUGGAAACAGAAUUCGAGGGUGAAGGCGAGGAGGAGGCCACCGUAGUGAGCAGCGGCAAAAGCUCGGCACGCUCGAGACGUCGCAAGACCAAAAAGAAGAGCUACGCACCUGUGUACAUUGAGGUGAAGAAAAUUGUUCCUGCCUAUGUCAAGACUCCACUUCUCCACUGCCACUUUGGCGAAAUGUCAUCCAGCAAUCUAGAUCCCAAGAUUAAAUAUGUGUAUAUUCUGCGCAAAAAUGCAAGAGAAAUUCCCUGGUUUCAAGAUGUUUCGCAAUGCUUCGCCGAAAUGCCAUUACUAUUUCUGUUGGGCUCACUGCGGGGCUCAUUGAUCGAUUCGCUGCGACACACUUUGAACGUGGUUUACAAAAGCGCCUUUCAAUUUCAAUUUCGCGAACCGGACACCACGGAUACUCAGCAAAUGGACAAUAAUAAUGCGCAGCGGGAGGAUGGUGGCGGCGGCGGAGCUGGUGAUGCUGGCGAGGAUAUUUCGAGCGAGGCUAAGGAAUCGGGCCCCGGGUCUAUUGGAGCUAUCCAAACCAUCGGAAUUUCGUUUGAAAGCGCUUAAACAACAAAAAAAGCAAAAGGCAAUGGAGGCACAAGCCAAGAAGAUGCAGGCAGCCAAACAGGCAGCAUCCCAAGAAGCUCCAGCCGAUGCAGACGAAGAGGAAGAAGCUGCUCAGCCUGUUGUCAUAGAUAUCGC